AUGGUGCAUUCGACGGUAGCAGAGGAGGGACCCAGCCAUUCACAGGAGGAUAGGCAUCCACGAUCGGGCGUGCUUCUGAGGAAAGAGCUGUCCCACUCAAUCGACGUAUCCCGCGAACCACCAGGUUUUAUUGAGCGAGGCCAGAAAACACAUUACUACUAUUACUACCACUACUACUACUACUACUACUACUACUACUACUACUACUACUACUACUCCUGA